AAUAAAUUGUGGUUCCUUAUCUGUCCAGGGUUCUCACUGGAUAUCUUCAUUAAAGUGACCGAAGAGAGCCUUUAUCGUCAACAUGGUUGAGUGGACAGCUGCCGAACGCAGUGCCGUUGCUGGCCUGUGGGGAAAGAUCAGCGUCGAUGAAAUCGGACCUCAGGCCUUGGCCAGACUCCUGAUUGUGUCUCCAUGGACUCAGAGACAUUUCAGUUCUUUUGGCAACCUCUCCAGCCCCGCUGCCAUUAUGGGUAACCCCAAAGUGGCUGCUCACGGCAAGACUGUGAUGGGUGCACUCGACAAAGCUGUGAAGAACAUGGAUAACAUCAAGGGCGCCUACCGUGAUCUGAGUGUGAUGCACUCUGAGAAACUGCAUGUGGAUCCCGAUAACUUCAGGCUUCUUGCUGACUGCAUCACCGUGUGCGUGGCCAUGAAGUUCGGGCCCUCUGGUUUCAGCGCCGAUGCGCAGGAGGCUUGGCAAAAGUUCCUGACUGCCGUUGUUUCUGCCCUCGGCAGACAGUACCACUAAAGUGGCAUUCUGUGAUGAAGAGCAGCUUAAUUAAGGGUGACUGAAAGCACACAGCUGUUGUAAAACGAUACAAGCGCUCUUAUAAACGAAAAUAAAAUAAUUUUACAUGCAUCUCUA